AACCAGUACCCAUGUGUAGCUGGGAAAUACAACAACAUAUAUCAUCGUACUAAAGUUGAAGACUGCUUAGAUUGUCCAGGUCUGCAACUGCGUGACCAGAGAAUACUGCCCUGAAGGAUCCAUUGCGCUACUGAUUAUUUAGGAGUAAUGUCUGGGGACAUCUGUCCUCGUGAAGAAUUCUGUCGAAAUGGUACAGCUGCUCCUCAACUCUGUCAGGCUGGUUACUACCUCAACAGCACUGGCAAUGAUGACGUCUCAGACUGUGAACUCUGCACUGUGGGCUUUUGUUGUGCUGGUAGUGGGAAUGAUGUUCCUACUGGCCUUUGUUCUGCUGUAUAUUACUAUCCUGGGGGUCAAGAUGAUGAUUCCUCUACUGGGUAUAACUGCAAGGAAGCCACUAUUGCCCCACUGGAAGUGACGCUCCUAUCUGAUGUCCCUCUGGCUCAUACCAGGACAAACUGGGCAUGGCAUACUGCAUGGCAUACUACUGGAGUGUCCACAGGGUUUAUUCAGUGAUAUUACAAUGGCACCAAUCAUACUCUACAAUACUUCAUAU